AUGGAAUCUGCGUGUAGCAUUCACCGGCCGAAUUUCUGCUUCUCAAAUCUGCUCAUCAGUGGUCCCAAAGGAAUCAACAAUUCGUUUCAUUUUGGUAAUCGAUCCAGGAAAAAUGUAUCACCAAGUGCUUUGUUGAUGAGUGGGAGCUUUUACUUGCGUCCUUCAAAAUCAAUAGUUGCCUAUGCCCGCCUACCUAAGCAUAUCCCCUUUCGAUUUAGGAUAACCUGUCAAGGCAAUGAUUCCCUUGCUAAUGCGGAAAGUAAUGAUCAAAGUGAAGAGAAUGAUGAAAGCGAAUCUGAUAGCUUGGAGGAACUCAGGGAGUUACUUCACAAGGCUACCAAAGAUUUGGAAGUUGCUAAGCUCAAUAGUACCAUGUUCGAGGAAAAGGCUCAGAGGAUUUCUGAAACUGCGAUAGCACUCAAGGACGAAGCCGCUAGUGCUUGGCAUGAGGUUAACAAAACCCUCGAUGUCAUGCGAGUUACGGUUGAUGAGGAAUCUGUUGCUAAAGAAGCUGUUCAAAGCGCUACAAUGGCCUUAUCUCUCGCUGAGGCAAGGCUUCGGGUUGUUCUGGAAUCACUUGAAGAAGCAGCUGCAAGUAAUGGUAUUCCAGAUUCCUCUGUAGAGAAUGAGAAAAGAGACAGUGUUGAAGGUAGAGAAGAAGCUCUUUUAGCUGCGAAGGAUGACAUAAAAGAAUGCCAAGUGAAUUUAGCAAAUUGUGAGGCCCAACUGACUUGUUUGCAGAGCAAGAAAGACGAGCUCCAGAAGGAAGUCGACAAGUUGAAUGCCUUUGCUGAGACAGUGCAGAUUAAUGCCUUAAAAGCAGAGGAGGAUGUCGCAAAUAUCAUGAAAUUGGCUGAACAAGCUGUCGCUUUUGAGCUUGAGGCUACUCAACGCGUUAAUGACGCUGAGAUUGCUUUGCAGAGAGCUGAGAAGUCUCUCUCCAUCCCGCUGACCUCAGAAGAAACUCAGGGCCAACUCUCGGAUGAAGAAACAACCCUCGAGGAGCAGGAGGUGGUACUCUCAAAUAAUUCUGAAGAUGCUAGUCAUCAGGCUGAAAGAGAUUCACUAAUACAUGAAGAUAUCUCAGCGGUGAUGAACACAGCUGAUCAUGUGCCUGAUAAAGUUGGUCAGGAGGCUCAAAAACCGACUAAGCCUUAUGAUUCUAGCGAUAAUGAUAAUGGGAAGCCAAGUGUAGAGUCUUCUAAAGUGGUGGAUACAGAUUCUGAAAAGUUAAAAAUUGCUGUUCAGACGAAAAAACAAGAAACACAGAAAGAUCUUCCAAAAGAGGGCUCUUCUCUUAAUACACCCAAGGCAUCGUUUAAUAAAUCCUCUCGUUUCUUUUCUGCAUCUUUCUUCUCUUCCAGUUCAGAUGGGACCACGACAGUGUUUGCGAGUCUGGUUAAUUCUGCCAAACAGCAAUGGCCCAAGCUAGUUAUUGGGGUUGCACUUAUCGGGGCAGGACUGACAUUAUACUCCAAUGGAGUAGGCGGGAACAAUCAACUGCUUCAACAGCCAGAUGUCGUCAGCACUAGUACAGAAGGUGUCUCUUCCAGUAAGGAGCCGUUGAUCCGGCAAGUGCAGAAACUUCCCAAGAGAAUUAAGAAACUGCUUGAGAUGAUCCCUCACCAGGAGGUCAAUGAGGAAGAAGCUUCUCUUUUUGAUUUCCUGGCGUUACUGCUAGCAAGCGUCAUAUUUGUGCCUCUGUUUCAGAAAAUUCCUGGAGGCAGCCCUGUUCUUGGGUAUUUGGCAGCUGGAAUUCUGAUUGGUCCGUAUGGUCUUUCGAUAAUCCGUAAUGUGCAUGCAACCAAAGCCAUUGCAGAAUUUGGAGUUGUUUUCUUGCUUUUCAACAUUGGCCUUGAGCUAUCUGUUGAAAGACUGAGUUCCAUGAAGAAGUAUGUUUUUGGAUUAGGCUCCUCUCAGGUUCUGGUGACAGCAGCAGUAGUUGGUCUGAUUACCCAUUAUGUUGCUGGUCAGGCUGGUCCAGCGGCAAUAGUUAUCGGAAAUGGCCUGGCACUGUCUUCCACUGCUGUUGUCCUUCAGGUUCUACAAGAACGGGGUGAGAGUACAUCUAGACAUGGACGGGCUACAUUUUCCGUCUUGCUCUUUCAGGAUCUAGCUGUAGUUGUUUUACUGAUCCUCAUCCCACUUAUCUCACCUAAUUCAUCGAAAGGAGGGAUUGGGUUUCAAGCAAUUGCUGAAGCUCUUGGACUUGCUGCAGUCAAAGCAGCAGUUGCUAUUACCGCUAUAAUUGCUGGUGGUCGUCUUCUUCUUCGGCCAAUCUACAAGCAAAUUGCAGAAAAUCGAAAUGCCGAAAUAUUCUCUGCCAACACACUUCUUGUUAUCCUUGGGACCAGUUUACUGACAGCUAGGGCUGGACUCUCCAUGGCAUUAGGAGCGUUUUUGGCUGGUCUACUCCUGGCGGAGACAGAAUUUUCCUUGCAAGUGGAAUCAGAUAUUGCUCCUUAUCGUGGUCUCCUGCUGGGACUUUUCUUCAUGACGGUUGGCAUGUCUAUUGAUCCGAAACUUCUUCUCUCUAACUUUCCUGUCGUAAUUGGAUCUUUGGGACUCUUGAUAGUGGGCAAGACUAUAUUAGUCGUAAUAAUGGGAAAAUUGUUUGGCAUUUCAAUCAUAUCUGCAAUUAGAGUCGGUCUUCUUCUGGCUCCAGGCGGAGAGUUUGCAUUUGUUGCUUUUGGAGAAGCUGUCAAUCAGGGUAUAAUGUCUCCUCAGCUGUCUUCGCUACUGUUUCUUGUGGUGGGAAUCUCUAUGGCUAUCACACCUUGGUUAGCUGCUGGUGGCCAGUUAAUUGCAUCCCGGUUUGAGUUGCAUGAUGUUAGAAGUUUAUUACCGGUUGAAAGUGAGACGGAUGAUUUGCAGGAUCACAUAAUUAUUUGCGGAUUUGGACGAGUUGGUCAGAUAAUUGCUCAGCUUCUCUCAGAAAGACUUAUUCCGUUCGUUGCCCUCGAUGUCAGCAGUGAUAGAGUGACGGUCGGACGUUCCAUGGAUCUUCCUGUUUAUUUUGGGGACGCUGGUAGUAGAGAGGUUCUCCAUAAAAUUGGAGCUGAGAGAGCAUGUGCUGCUGUGGUUGCUUUAGACGCACCAGGGGCAAACUACAGAUGUGUGUGGGCUCUGAGCAAGUACUACCCGAAUGUGAAGACCUUUGUCCGUGCACACGACGUUGUUCAUGGUCUUAAUCUAGAAAAAGCUGGUGCUACUGCUGUUGUACCGGAGACUCUGGAGCCAAGUCUACAGCUGGCAGCUGCUGUUCUUGCUCAGGCCAAAUUACCGACAUCAGAAAUAGCAAAUACGAUAAACGAGUUCAGAACCCGUCACCUGUCUGAACUAACAGAGCUAUGUGAAACCAGUGGAAGCUCAUUGGGGUAUGGUUUCUCGAGGACGACGAGUAAGACUAAACCACAAGCGUCUGAUGCAUCGGACGAUAACCAGAUAAUGGAAGGAGGCACACUCGCUAUCUGA